UCUGGGGUUCCCGACCCCAGCGCUUCUCUUCGCGUGCGAGGGCGAUCGUCUAAAGCCCUGCAAUACAGCGAGAAGACGGCUCCACCACAAAGCGCGGGACCGGGACCGCGCAGCCCCGUCCUUCUCGGCGCGGCUUCCGAGCUUCCGGGUCCCCUCCCCCGGAGGGGCGGGCUUCCCGCCUCCCGCCGCAGUCCUCACGCAGGUCCGCAGACACACUAGAAAAGGGAGCGGCUUCCGCGCUCCACCAACUCUGUCAGGGCCAUGUCUGGACGCGGUAAGGGUGGGAAGGGCCUGGGUAAGGGUGGCGCUAAGCGCCACCGCAAGGUGCUGCGCGACAACAUCCAGGGCAUCACCAAACCCGCCAUUCGCCGCCUGGCCCGGCGCGGCGGCGUCAAGCGCAUCUCUGGUCUCAUCUAUGAGGAGACGCGCGGGGUGCUGAAGGUCUUCCUAGAGAACGUGAUCCGCGACGCCGUCACCUACACGGAGCACGCCAAGCGGAAGACGGUCACUGCCAUGGACGUGGUCUACGCGCUCAAGCGCCAGGGCCGCACGCUCUACGGCUUCGGCGGCUGAGCGCUCGCCCGCCCGUGACCCUUCUCUGCGCGCGCAGUCAAAGGCUCUUCUCAGGGCCGCCACCUUUUCCCAGAGGAGCUGUGACACUGCGC